AUGAUUUCGUCCGUAUCAGAACCUCCAUACAAGUUAAGAGCAAACUUGACACCAUAUCAAAGAAUUACAACCACAUGCUUGUUAGGAGGAAUAUGGGGUUUUAUAUUGGGUAGUCGAGAAGGAGCAAAACGGUCCUCCUUGCAGUAUUUAGCAGAACGUGCACAUAUAUUACCAAAAACCAAAGAACAGUGGUACUUAUAUCAUAGAAAUAAAAAUUAUAAGGUUAUAUUAGGAGCGGUAAAAGUUGGCUUACCUUAUGCUGCAAAAAUGAGCUCAUUGUGUUUUCUGUAUAGUGGUUUAGAAACUACGUUGGAUUUUAUUAGAAAAGAGAAUGAUAUAAUUAACAGUUUAAUAGCCGGUAUUAUAAGUGGUACGAUUGUUUCCGGAAUAUAUCAAUUACCGAAGCAAAGUACAAAAUAUGCACUUAUGGUUGGAGCGGGUAUUGGUUUAAUAACUGGAGGAUUACAAGAUGUCAUAAGAUACAAACAAGGCCAAAAAAUUUGGUAUUUAGAAAGGAAAUAG